CAUGUCCAAUUAUGUUCGUUACUGCAUCAAAAUGCAAUUGCGUUCGUUGUGAAAACUGAAAACUUUAUUGCUUUUAAAGGAUUUAAUAAGCGUUAAAUAAAUUUUCUUUUCUCUUCAAAUAUAUAAAAAUCAACCUAAAAUGGCUGAUAAAAUUGUAUUGACCGAGAAUAAUUCGAUUGAAGACAGCCUGGCAUUGUUACGAUAUUUUCAGCGCUUAUCGCCAGAUAAAUAUCCUGGGAUUAUGUUUCGUAAUUUGCUAACUGCUUUAAUCAUUAUUACAAAAAAAUUGCGUUCGGAUGCCUGUACCGAAGCUGCGAAAGCAUUGUUCGAAUGGUUGGAAGCAUAUAACAAAUUGCAACGUCUAAUCUGUCCUAAUAAUAACACUUUAGUAAAGCAAUUUAUAAAAUCCGUUCCAGCGGUUUUAACUUUUGUACUUGGUUGUUUCAAACAAAAGCCACCAAAUAUGCCCAAUUUUCAUUUCAAACUUCUGACACUACUCUAUACAUUUUUGGAUAAUAUUGAUAUUACCUUGUUUGGUAAUGAAAUAAAACUUUCCAAAGGCGUUAUUUCAUGUGUGUGGGAUCCUAUUCAAAAUGGCGAAAACUUUAAUACACAAUUGUUAGCAUUACGAGUAUUAACGACAUUGCUGAAGAUAGUAAACAAGAAAGGUGCAGAAGAGGAGCUUGCAGAAAUGAAUUCACGCCAAUCAUACCCACUGAAUGAUUACAUCAAAAAGGCAAUGGAAUACACAAAACCCCAUCCAUCUGCUUUUGACAGUGUUGCGCGCAAUCUUCUAAAUCAUGUGAAUAUGCGAACUAUGCAAAAUACUUCGGUUUAUUCAGUUAAGUGUUAUUCAUUGUUUAUUGAAGAUAAAAUUGAAUUCUUUAAACCAUCGUGUUCUGAGCAUUUUUGGGUGGAUUUAAACUCUUGUCCUCUCACUUUAACAUUUACUGGUCGUUGCAGAUCAAAAGAAAAUGGCGAAUUUGUCGAUAUAUCAGUAAUUGCUUCCAUAAACAAAAUUGAUUUAACAAAUACAAAGCUAACAGUUUUCCUUAGACCUCCAAUUAUUUAUUCCAAUUGUUUGCGAUAUCUUCAAGAUGUUUACAAUGCAACUUAUGCCACAAUUGAAACUUCUAAAGAAGAUGUGUUUCACCUUAAACAACAUGAAGAGCUUUUAAAUAAAUUUAAUGUUCAAUAUUCUGAUCCAGUUUGCUGUCUUAAUGAGACUGUUCACGAAUAUAAUGAUAUUAUGAAUAGUUUCUGUGAUGAAGAAAGAAUUCAGAACCUUUCACCGCAAAAUGUAGAGGAUUGCCAGUUUAAUAACAAUAUGCAAGAUAAUGAAAAAGUUUUGUCUUCAACCCCGUUAUCCACCAUAAGAAGUGUUGAUAUGAUUCAAUCCUUGAACGAAUUCAGUCAAGUAUCACCUAUAAGCAGCGAGAUUUCUGUUUUAAAUCCAAGCACAAGAAAAAGGCAGCUAUUUACAGAAAGUAAUACUCCCCUAACUAAAAGGAUUACCCCGAAAAAACGUAAUUUAGAAACUGAAAAUCAUGAAAAUCAACGGCCUAGAUUAAAGGCUUCAUCACAUAAUAAAGAAACCUACCUACCAUCUUCAAAAACUAAAACCCAAAAGCCAUUAACUUCUAAGAUGCAGAAACAAAUUGAAACUUUUCCAGCUGUAAAAAGUUCUAAAAAGAAACCGCUCGUUCCUUCUCUUCAAGAUGCUAAUAAACCGCUAUUGAAAAAUUUAACACAUAAAGAUUUUAAAAAAUUUACCGAACCUCAAUGGAAUAAAUUUAUAAACGAGAUAACUGAAGACAAUUGCCCAGAACUGUAUAAGUUUCUUUAUGGUAUUGAUAAUGAUAUAUUUAGUAUAGAACAAAAAACAAAUCUAAUGAAGAUGAUGCUUCAAAUACCUGAUGACGAUCCAGAGUCACCAAACGAAAAUGUAAACAUUUUACAGGAUAAAUGUAAAAUGCAUGUCAUUUGUGCAAAGUAUUCGAGUUGUAAAUUUAAAACAAUUUUACAACGUUCAUAUACGAAUAUGAUCCAAUACGAACAAACACAAAUGGUUGAAAACGAUGAUAAUAUUCCAAGUACAUCGGGUGUUAAUACAGGUUCUUCUAAGAAUAACGUAAAAAAAGUCGCAAGACGUAAAAUCGAUCAUGAAACAACUAACUUAGAAAAUAACAAAAAACCUAAGGUAAACCAUUAAAAACACUGAUUCAUAUAAAAAUCUUAAAAUAAUAAUUUAUAGGGCAAACAAAGUAA